GCUGACUUUGUCGGAGGAGUACAUGCGCCAUGCCUUAGGGCUUUUGGACAGAAAAGUGUUCACCUCCAAGUUGUUGAGGAAACCCACUGCAACAGUUGCUGCCGUCGCCACCGCAGAAUUACUGCUGGGGCCGCGGCGAGUCACAAUGCGAGCUGCGCCAGAAAGUGGUGCAACUCAACUGCCGCGGCUGUACCAUGACGUGAAUGUCAACCGACCGCGAGAGUAUUGGGACUAUGAAAACCUCUCUGUGAAUUGGGGGUGUCAAGAUGACUAUGAGGUGCUCCGCAAAGUUGGCAGAGGCAAAUACAGUGAGGUGUUUGAAGGAAUUCACAUGGCUUCACAAGAGAAGUGUGUCAUCAAGAUUUUGAAGCCAGUGAAGAAAAAGAAAAUCAAGCGCGAAAUCAGGAUUCUGCAGAAUCUUUAUGGCGGCCCCAAUGUGGUCAAGCUUUUGGAUGUGGUGCGGGAUCCGCAGUCCAAGACACCGAGCUUGAUAUUUGAGUACAUCAACAACACGGACUUCAAGCAGCUGUACCCUACGCUGACCGACCACGACAUUAGGUACUACAUCUUUGAGAUUCUCAAGGCUCUCGACUACUGCCACUCCCAAGGAAUCAUGCACCGAGACGUGAAGCCGCACAACGUGAUGAUUGACCACGAGAAUCGGAAGCUGCGACUCAUCGAUUGGGGACUCGCGGAGUUCUACCACCCUGGUCGAGAGUACAACGUUCGUGUGGCCUCUCGAUACUACAAGGGUCCAGAGCUUCUCGUAGACUUGCAGCUGUACGACUACUCCUUGGACAUAUGGAGUUUGGGCUGCAUGCUUGCUGGCAUGGUCUUUCGAAAAGAGCCCUUUUUCCAUGGCCAAGACAAUUACGAUCAAUUGGUCAAAAUCGCUCGUGUACUUGGAACUGAUGGCUUGUUCGCCUAUUUGGACAAGUACAAUCAGGAACUGGACCCACACUUUGACCAUAUUCUGGGCAGGCAUUCCAGAAAAGCCUGGUCCAAGUUUGUGACCUCCGAGAAUCAGCAUUUGGUCAGUUUGGAUGUGCUGGACCUCAUAGACAGAAUGCUGGUGUACGACCAUGCGCAGAGAAUUUUGCCAAAAGAGGCAAUGCAGCACCCGUACUUCGCGCAGAUUCGGGAACCAAGCCCAAAGGCUGCUGAGAUGGCCAAGGCCUAGGUACACCAGCUGAGCGGAGCGCCGCAGUACAGACCUGUGGCAGCGAUGUGCAGCUAUGUGCAGCGAUGCAGAAUCACUGAUGACUGAAAUGAAAUCUGAUGAAUCACAGAAUCUUGCGAUGCCUCACGGUUCGCACAAAUGCUGACUCCGACUGACACUGGAAAAGAUCGGACGGAAAAACAUGAAAA